AUGCCCAUUGACGUUAAGGAUGACAAAGCCCCUAGUAAACUGGACGAUAAACCAAAAUCACCUCUUGAUUUAGUUAAACCUAUUCAACAAGAAUAUUCGGACGAUGAAAGCGAUGAAGUGUUUGGAAUUCCCAAGCCCCAAGACAAGACUGUUGGUCAGCCAACUCCAUCAGUAGCUUCCUUUAGCGCCCCUCUUGAUUCAGUAAAACCUAUUCAACAAGAAUAUUCGGACGAUGAAAGCGAUGAAGAGUUUGGAAUUCCCAGGCCCCAAGACAAGACUGUUGGUCAGCCAACUCCAUCAGUAGCUCCCUUUAGCGCCGUUAGUGAAAAAUCUCCUUUAAAGGAAGCAGACAAACCGAAGCCAAUUAACGCUAAGGAUGACAAAGCCCCUACUAAACUGGACGACAAACCAAAGUCUCCUCUUGAUUCAGUAAAACCUUUUCAACAAGAAUAUUCGGACGAUGAAAGCGCUGAAGAGUUUGCAAUUCCGAAGCCCCAAGACAAGACUGUGGCUCAGCCAACUCCAUCCACAGCUCCCUUUAGCGCCGUUAGUGAAAAUCUCCUUUAA